AUGCCCGAAAGAAAUGUCAUUACCUGGAACGUUAUGCUAGCCGCUUAUGCAACUGGUGGCAAGGCCAUUCCCGCUCUUGAGUUUUUCUACAGUGUUAAAUGUGAUUUAGGGGCUGAUGAGUUUGCUGUUGCCAGUGGCUUGACUGCUUGUGCUGCACUCAAUGACCUGAGAUCGGGAAUGCAAAUUCAUGGCUUCUCUGUGGCUGCAGGGUUUGAAAUAGAUCCAACUGUUGCAAAUGCCACGGCUAAGAUGUACUUCAAGUGCAGUGAAGUUGGCUCUGCUGAGAGGGCAUUGGAAGGGAGAGAACUUUGUUUGCAAUCUAAGCUUUUGAUGAUUAAAGGUUAUGUCUUUAAUGAAAAAUAUGCUGAUGCGGUGAGGAGCAUUAGUCAAAGUGAUGGUUUUGUGGAGCUUUUCAUUGAGGAUCAUAGCAUUGCUGUUUCUGUUUUAAGUGCUGCUGCAAAUCUUGGGUUUCUCCAGAUGGGGAAAAAGGUCCAUGGAGUUAUCCUCACACUUGGUUAUUAUAGAAGUUUGUGUUCAAUGGAGAAUGAUGACACCUUCAUUGUUAGCGCUUUAAUUGGCAUGUACUCGAGGCGCUCUAGCAUCAGUGAAGCUUGGAUGGUUUUCCAUAAUUUGAAGGAGAGAGAUAUGUCUCAUUGGAAUGCAUUGAUGUCGGGGUGCAUCUCUAAUGGCUGGCUUCAAGAUGCAUGUGGCUUGUUUGAUAAAAUGCCUAUUAAGAAAGUGAUCUCAAGGACAUCCAUGAUUUCUGGAUAUGUGCAGAAUGGAUCACCAAGAAAAGGAUUAGAGUUGUUGGCCAAAUUUUAUAAUGGAGAAGGCUUGGUUAGAGGAAACUCCUUCACCUUUGCAACUGCUCUUGAUGCCUGUAGCAGCCUUGCAGCUUUGGAUGCAGGUAAACAGAUACAUGUUCAGGUGCUAAGAACUCUGAGUGGAGAUUUAAGCAGUAAUUUGAUUGUGGAAACAGCAUUAGUUGACAUGUAUUCUAGAUCAGGUAACCUAGUUUAUGCACGAAGAAUCUUCAAUAAAAUGCAGAUGAUGAAUGCUUUAUCUUGGACAUCAAUGAUUACUGCUUAUGCUACACAUGGGUUUGCUUCAGAAGCCAUUUAA